AAUAAGAAUUUUAAGCUGCGCUGAUAAAAUAUAAUUAAACCCGCUUCAAGUUUAAAUUUUUUUGCAAACUGGUUUAUGGCUAACCGAAAAUUAAUUUUUGUAUCCGAUUACUAAUUGGUUCCCAUCGUACAGAUAGCUGUUUGAAAUAUAAUCAAAGCUACGAGUAAGCGACUCGAACAUUAAGCUUCAAAACAUCCAGCGAAAGAUGAGAUGAGUUGAUAACCAAAAAUAAAAUAAAGAAAGUAAGGAGUAAGAUGACCAAGAUGCACACUACUAGCAACUCCCAGCACAGCUCCGAUCAGUACAGCAGUGACAUCAAUGGCAUAAGUUUGGAGCUGCCUGAACACUCGGAGGACUUUCAGUCGAUCAAUGGUUUGAAGUACUUGCCAUCCUGGCCAGCAGUCAACUUGCAGUUUACGGAAUUGAGCUAUGAGGUUCCAGAUCAGCUGCAGGCCUCACAGAAAAAAUCCAUACUAAGAGGAGUCAAUGGGGAGUUCCACUCUCAUGAGCUCACCGCAAUUAUGGGACCCUCGGGGGCUGGUAAGACAACGUUGCUAAACCUGCUGGCGGGAUUUGGCGCCACUAGUACCUCGGGGGAGGUUUUGGUCAACCAGAAUCCCAGGGAUAUGCGAGUGUUUCGCAAAAUGUCUAGAUACAUAAUGCAGACAGAUGUCCUGGACCCUCAGUUUACGGUCCUCGAAAUGAUGCUACUGGCCGCCCACCUCAAGUUGGGUAAUGAACUUAAUCUAAGGCAAAAGCUGGAAGUGAUAGAUGAAAUCCUGGUCAUGCUGCGCCUUAAGGCCUCCAAGGACACCAUGACACCCAAACUGUCUGGGGGGGAACGCAAGCGUCUGUGCAUAGCCCUUGAGUUGGUCAACAACCCGCCUGUGAUCUUUCUAGAUGAACCCACGACAGGCCUCGAUGACCUCUCCAGCUCUCAGUGCAUUUCCCUCUUGAAAUCCCUGGCCGCCGGCGGACGCACUGUUAUCUGCUCUAUACAUACACCCUCCGCCAAGAUCUUUGAGAUGCUGGACGCUGUCUAUGUCCUGGCUGAGGGUCAGUGCAUUUACCAGGGCAGUGGAUCCAAUAUUGUGCCUUAUAUGGAGCAACUGGGCCUAAGUUGUCCCAUCACCUACAACCCAGCAGACUUUAUCAUAGAAGUGGCUUGCAUGGAGUAUGGUGACUCUUAUCAUGAACUUAUGGUGGCUGCAGUGGGCAAUGGCAAGGUGACACGUUGGGUUCCAACAGCGGCAGAGGAUGGCAAGGUGACGCCCACCAAAACGGACACCACUUCGGGGGCUUCCUCCUUUUACGAAAUGGAACAGUUUGAGGAGGAAAUCAGUCCCAAGUUACUGCAGGCCAAGUGCAGCUGGUGGAUGCAGUACAAGCUUUUGCUGAGCAGGAUGCUGCUCCAGAUGUGGAGGGAUAAGUCUUACAUCAAGCUAAAGUUCUAUAUGAACAUAGUUUUGGCCUUGCUGGUGGGUUCAUUGUACUUUGGCAUGGGCACAUCGGCCUCCAAGGCUUUGUUUAACUUUGGAUUUAUGUUUACCAUUGUGAUAGCUUACCUGUACCUGCCCAUGAUGCCAGUGUUGCUGUACUUUCCCUCGGAAAUCAAUCUCUUGAAAAGGGAGUACAACAACCAGUGGUAUCGCCUGAGCUCUUACUAUGCCGCCAUGGUCUGCUCCAAGCUGCCCUCCAUGUUCGUCCUGGCCGUUAUAUAUCUCUCUAUUGUGUACUUAAUGUCCAGCCAGCCGCUGGAGUUGUUUCGCUUUGCCCUGCUCUUCAUGAUUGCCUUUGUUACAGCCCUGACUUCCGAUAGUUUUGGCCUGUUGAUCUCCAGUAGACUGAGUCUGGUGAAUGCCAUGUUCAUGGGCCCUGUGCUGGCUGUUCCCCUGAUCCUGCUCUCCAUCCACGGCAUAGGCUAUGGCAGGGGUAGCUAUGUAUCGCCUCUGAUGAGGUUCCUCAUGCACCUCAGCUACCUUCGGCAUGGCAUGGAGGGUCUUGUGGCCGCUCUUUAUGAUUAUGGACGUGCGGAUACUAUUUGCGAGGACACGGAGAUCUUUUGCUCCUUCAAGAAGUCCAAGGUCUUGCUGGCCUUCUUGGGCUUCGAGGACAUGCACUAUGUGUGGUCGCUCUCCUGCCUGAUUGGUUUUUAUUUGCUGUUUACCAUUGCAGCUUAUAUAAUGAUAAGACAGCGGCUGAAAAAGUCGGGGGCUAAUCCCAUUGUGGCCUAUGUCCUGCAGCUUUUAACUAAAUAUUUUAAUUUUACAUCAUAUAAUUAUUAGAAGGGGGAGGGGAGUGUGGGGUUCCGGUGGGGGGAACUUGUGUAGCUAGUUAGUUUUGAGAGGGUUCAGUCUAAAUCACCGAAUAAGCCAUAUUACAAAUAUUUUAAAAGUAAGACUAUUUGAUUGACUCAAAUAUUUGCGAGUGAUACUAUAUGUUUAUAAAUAUAUUUGUAUAAGAAAAA